AUGGAGUUUACCAAGUUACGGAAGAUGCAGGGAUUGAUUUUCAGUGUGGUACCAAUGCGAUCGCAUAGGAGGUCAAUGGCCACGUUGUCAAGCUCACUACGGAGCUCUCGAAGGGCGUCGGACAAGCUCGGCUGCAUUGAGGAUGAUGACGCCGUCCGUACCCAGGGUAUUGCCUGCGUAGAAAACAUUGCCAGCAAGCAUGGCCAUAUAAAGUAUACGGUGCUAUCCCUGGUGGCAUCUGCACGUAUUCAAAGUUCGAUUCGUGGACAAUACGGAGGAGGUGCAAAGGCGGACGUAGUGGAAUACAACGUCGGCACAUUUUCGAUGAUGGCUAAUAUCUGUGCCCGUACGGUGGCCGAGUCCGACGGUAUGGUGAUGGUGCUGGCUGACACGAAGACGGACAAGAUGGUUGCGUGCACAUCAUUGCCACGUAAUGCCGGUGAGAUGAUCUCAGAGGGUGUGAUCGGCAUAAAAUAUGGCGCUGCCAGCGAGGUCCCUGGGCGGACGUUCCACGCCCACCCGACGCUAAGCGAGGCAUUUCAGGAGUCCUGCGUGGCUGCGUUCGACAAGCCAAUUACAUUCGAAGCAGACGGCGAGUAG